AUGGCGGAUUGGGGUGAGUAAAGAUGCACAUGGCCCGGAACAUCACAAGGAUUAUUUAGUUUUAGCCUGAUUCCUUUUCUCUACCUUUUAAUCGUUUAAGAUGACGAAGAUUUUGAGCCGCAAGAGUUUGGCGUUAAACAAUCAGACAAAUGGGAAGGAGAAGACGAAGAUGACAAGGAUGUGAAGGUAAUAAUAACUUCUUUUAGCAUCGGCGAUAAAAAAUUUUUGUCAUUCAUUUAUUCAGCUGUACACCAGUACAGGAAAGACUUGAUUACACGUUUGAUUCUUAGGAUAACUGGGACGACGAUGAAGAGGAAGACACAGAACAGAAAGCAGAUUCAACACAAACGGAAUCCGGUAAGGAAGGACUUCGUAUUUAGUAAUUACUAAAAUUACUUGUAAUCAGCAUAAUUAAUAAUCUAGAAAAAAGAAGUGUACGGCUUUUGUCGCCUGGCGCAACACACGUGGUCCAAAAAUAAUUUUUCCUAGACAAAAAUAUAUACAUGAUGGGUCCAUUAUUAUUGCAGUGAGACUAUGUAUGUGAACCAUGUCUGUAAAAUACAGUUAACAAAAUUACACAAGGUAAGUCUAUUUUUUUUAAAAGUUUCAAGUCAAGUUGCAAGUUUAUUUCGGUAUAUUUAAAAGAAAAUUUACAAAACUGCUUUACCUGCAAUUAGCAGGGCUAAUGUAGGGGGGUAGGGCAAAACAAGGGUACAUUACUUCCAUUGGGAUGAUGCAGAUUGGGAUCAAUGAUCUGAGAUCACUCAGUUAAAUUAUAGCAAACCAAAGAAACCAACAAAUUCACCUUGGGAAAAGAAUCGUUGGUUCAUUUGAUGUACCAUGAUCUGAGUGAACUUUGAUCACUCAUCCUGAUUGGGAUCAUCCCAAAGGAAUGCAUCUGUAGUUCCUCAUGAAUUGGGACCAGAGGAUUCUGUUUGUGGAGACACCAGAGUAAAAGGAUCUGAUUUUAACACUAGGACCAUAGCAAGGCCAAAAUAACUUGACUUGGGGGAAGCAAGUUAGCCCAACCAAAGCAACCCUGCCCCCAAUAAAAAAUUUCCAUUAGCUAAUACAAGUAGGUCAUAAGGGGUACCAAGAUUUAUGUUAAGUAGAUACUUAUAGUGUUGAAUUCGUGAGAAUUUUCAUUGAUAUGCUACACCUCUAUGGCAUACCAGGGGGAUACUAAGAUAUGGGUGAAGAUAAUUUCAAUGCGUGUGAAGAAGUGCUGCAGAUGCAGGGUUUUGUCACUGAGGGGAGAAGGGAGGGGCAAAAAAUGAAAGUCUGAAUAAACGUCUCGGGGCAUGAAUGUAUAUAUGAGAGCAAUGUGAUGACAGUAUGGCAUAUGAAUAGAAAUCUCAGUGCAUUUGGGUGAUUUGAAGGUCCGUAGAGGGAAACGUGCUUAUUUACACAGCACAUGAAAAAAUGGUAAUGCAAUAUUUUAUGUCAAAAUUAUCAAAAAAGACAGCUUUAAGAGGAUGUCAUUUUUUAAAAAAAUUGCUUUGCAACAAAGGCUCUAUUAAUAUUUCUGGCUUUUACACUUAUUUUAGUCUGUCAGUAUUAAGAGUGUGUGAUUGAACUUCUUUAAGAAUACUCUGUUUAUAUAGAGCCAUGUGAUUUAAUUAUGCUAAAUAUUGUUAUGUGAAUGUUUAAAGAAGUUCUUUUUUAUUGAUUUUUGUUUUUCAUCCUUUCUAUGUCAAAUGGAACAUAAAUAGCUCCUGCAGCUAAUGUGAAGAAAAGGAAAACAAUCAAACAGAAGAUACUAGAAAAAGAGGAACAAGCUAGAGAAAAGGCCCUUAAACGUGAACAGGAUAAAAAACUACAGGAUGAGGUGAGAUCUUUUGCUAAUACUAGUUUACACAUGUAUAUUUUAGUUAUUUGAAGAAUAUGAUUGAGUCAAAAUUUAUCAGAGUAUCCAGAGAGCAGUGAUUUUGCUUUCAAACAAGGAACAGGCAAAUUUUGCAUUACCACUUACAGAUGUUUUCCUGUUUACCUACCGGUAAUCGAAACAUGUACCUUCUUGCAGGUAGCUUUCAAGUGAUAAUUGACUUUAUUUCUCUUUUUAGGAGGAGGAAAAACCUUUAACAGAAGAGGAACUUAUGGCUGAAAAGCUAAGAAGACAAAAGUAAGUUUGCUUUGUGGCCAAGUCAACCCAGCUCAACUUUAUCAAAUGGUGGAGGUGUGUCUAAUACCAACUCAACAAACAGUGAAGAGGGGACCGGGGGCAUAUAUAAUAGGCAAGGGGGUAUCUGUUAGUUCAGUUAUGGUAUUAACUAGCCAACACUUCUGAGGUAUUGGUAUUUACUGAUAAGUUAGUUGCCACAUCAUCAUGAUUGGCUACCCAAGCAAGCAUAAAGGAUCUAUCUUGCCUGCUCUGGAUUUCCCUCUUUUUUUCUGUAAGAUUAAGUUUUCCUCUAUUGAUAGUAUUAGUUCCUUUAUUGACCAAGCUUGCUCAGUCAAGAUUGUGGAUAUUGGUGAAUCCGAGGCAAUACUGACUCUGCUUUUGGAUUAAACAUUUUUAGAUUGGUGGAGGAAUCAGACUUGGAAUUAGCAAAACAAGCUUUUGGUUUGUUAUUAAUGUCUAAUAGUGUUAAUUUCUCUUUUUGCACAAGGGUAAUUCAUUGUUGUGUUAUGUAAAUGUUCUACUCCUUCUUAUUUUCUUCUUUCAAGGUUUUCCACAUUGAAUUAAUGCAGGUUAGUGAUAUCACUUGUUUAAUCCCUAGGUGUAACGGAUGAUAUACCGGUAGACACAAAAAGUAUAGAUGCAAUGAGUCCUAGCUCAAGAGAAGAAUUUGUCCAACUCAGUGACUUAAUUGUAGGAAAAUUAACAAAAUAUGAGGUAAGGAUUACGUGAGAAUCUUAUAUCUUGUUGUUAUCGUAGAGCACUCAUUAAAAAACUGUUUGUUGAAAUAAUAGGCAUUUUGCAUUUGUUGAUCACGUGAUUAACUUUUGGUAAAAACGAAAACAGUUAGCUUUUGAACAAUUUUGUCAGCAUGAGAUGAAAGAACAUUUUAAAAUUAGGUAACCUGUAAAUUUUCAGCCAUAUAUCUCAAAAGGGGUGAUUGCAACAGUCACCGAAAAUUAGAAGGAUUUGUAUGAGGAAAACAACUUUUGUCACCCAGUCACAUUUGAAUAGUUUUCCAUACAAAUCCUUGUAAAUUUUGAAAUUUUCAAACUGUCGUGAAAUAUUUCCUUAAGCAUUACAGGGCUCAAAUCUCCUUUUCAUUCGUAACAGGCACUUUGAGCCCUUAAAUGCAUAAGGGAAAGAUUUAAUGAUAGUUUAAAAAUGUCAGAAUUUACAAGGAGUUGUAUGGAAAACCACUCAAGCGUGACUGGGUGGUAAGAGUUGUUUUCCUCAUACAAAUCCUUCUUAUGAGAUAUACACCUGAAAAUUUACAGGUUCCCUAAUUUCAAUACACUCUUUCUGCUCGUGCUAACAAAAUUUGUCAAAAGAAAACUGUUUUCAUGUUUACUGAACGUUGAUCAUGUGAUCAACUAAUGCAAAAGGCCUAUUGGUAACUAUUAGUAUGUUUAACCCUUAAUCUGACAAGCACUGAUUAUUCCGUGCAUAUGACACCGUGGACAAAAUGCCUCUUACAUGAAGGGAAUCGUUCUCAAGGCAGCUUUUCGCCUCAUUUUCAUGUUUGACCUGUUGUUUUCGAGUCUUCUGAAUUUUUUCACGUAGUUGUCUUUGAUAUAUCACUUGAAUUUCCCAGUUUUUCAUUGAACUUUCAAUUUAAAUGUCCUGAAGGGUAUUUAGAAAUGCCGUUUUGGUACAUCAGCCUAUCAUUGAGUCAUUUUUCGCUUAAAAUUGCUAAAACAUUCGGAAAGGGAUGACAACAUGGCCAGGAGACAAACACGAUCUUACACAGUAAAUAUUUUUUUUAGAGCCUGAAAACAACAGUUACACUUGUAAAAGUUCUAUUAAAUUGACCCCUCCAAUGAAAAAAAGAUAUUUAUUUACUAACUUUCUUUGUUCUUUUUCAGUCUUGUACAGAGUAUAUUCCAUUCUUGGAAAUGCUGUUUAGAGAUUUAUGUGCUGGCUGUGAGUAAAACUUGUGUGAAUAUAUUUCACUUAUCUUAUACAAUCUCUAUCCUUAAUGUUCAGUUACAGCCUGCUGUAGGUGAUAAAUUAAUGAAAAUGAAAUGUGUUUUUAUUCUUCUUUCAGUGGAAGCUGAGGAUGUUAAAAGAUUAGGCAGUGCAAUAAAUAUUUUGUCAUCAGAGAAAUUAAAAGCCCAAAAGGUGAGCCAUAUAUCUGAUAAUAGAAAAAGGUAAAGUAAUAUAAGAAAGGGGAGCAGUUUCCUCCCCCACUUUUGACCUGGGUUCAAUACUGAGCGACAACAUCAUACAGUUUAUGUGUGUUGAAUUUGUUGUUGGUUCUCUUCCUUGCUCUGGCAAGUUCAGUUUGUUUGGGUACUCUGGCUUUCUCUUCUCCUCAAAAACCGACAUUCUAAAUCCGGAUUAAAUCUAGAAAUUGUUGCCAAUUAGCCACAGGUUUCGCAGUUCUUUAAACUGUCAUAUGACACCUUCAAUAAAUAAUGAUGGUUUACCUUCAAUCAGCAACAAAAUUGCCAAGACAUUGUACUAAAAAAAGGUAACUUCAGAGAACAAAACAAUCCGCACCCCUCCCCUCUCCCCUCCAUUCAAAGUUGGGGUGUUUGUUGUUCUCUUAAAGGUAGCUUGAACAGUGGCACAACAUUACAUGGAGGGAAUGAGGGAGGGAAAGCUUUAUUUUAUCCUUUUGAAGUUGUUCAAAUGUCUGAAAGGUCCUUUAUGGCAAAGUACCUCAACUAAUUUUGUUGGUGAUUGUUUGUCAUUAGAAGUAUUGUCGCUGAUAAUGUUAUUCUUUUUUGACUUUUUUUUUUGCAGGCCAAGAAAGGUAAAAAGUCUGCUAAGAAAGCAACUUUAGCAGGCACCAGUGCCAAGGCUGGCAGAAAAGAUGAUUUGGAUGCAUUUGGUGGAGGAAAUUAUGAUUACGGUGAUGAAUUUGAUGACUUCAUGUGACACUGACUUGGACAAUCAAAGAGAAUAAAGUGAAAAUUAACAAACAAUACAUUCAAAUUAUAGUAUUGUUUGCUGAAAACUUUAAUGUCAACACUGAGCUAAGUAUAAACACUUGCUUCACUUAGUUCAUGGGACAGAGCCUGUAGCAUGUUAGUGUGCUACAAAUGAAUAUUUUAAAAAGUGACCCUGCUAAUAGUGAAUCUCACUGGAAAAGCUUAGCUUCCAAAUAUUUAAGUUAAUAAUCCAGAGGAUUGAUCAAUAAUUUUCAGAGUAAUGUUAUGUGUCCCAGAACAAAGAUGACACUACUUUGGACAUAGCUGAUCAUUUUUAAUUGAACAGAGGAUUUGUCACAUCUGGCCAGAACUCUUACUCUCUCUUCUCUUUAUGAUGGACACAGCUGGGACCAGUGCUAGGGGUCCAUCUCUGGGGUGUACCCAGCCUUUUUUCAAGGGGCAAGGAGGAGUGCAAAAUGUCUGAAAUGGUAGCUCACAGGCUUGGGUGCAUGUACUAGUCGUUGGAAAACAAGCUCUUGUUAAAUAUGCCAUCUUAAAAGGUAUAGAAUACCACAGUAACAUUUUCAUUUACAUUUUGAAAUCUCAUGUGCAAAAGCAGAACCCCCUUGAACCCUCCCUCCCCUUUGUACUCCCCUGAUCUUGUAGAGGUGUCUGCCUUAAAGAGAGUCAAAGAAUGUGACUGAGAAAUGGCAGGGACCAACUCCAAAUGUCCAUCAUGUGGAGUUGGGAGAGUGACCCUUUUUUGUGGGCAAAUAAAAGUAAUCAUAUUACUUUAAUCUGCUGAUGCUAGUUGAAUAGUUUCUGAUGUUAAUAACUGGUUUUGAAAUCUCAAGUUGGACCUUACUUCAUUUGCAGUUACUUGUGAUUGCUUAUCUGGAGAUAUUAAGGGGCCCAGAAGGGGUGAGAGGGCAGCUGAAUUACAUGUAUCUCUUCCAGUGUUCACUCUGUCCUUUUUUCCAUCAUCCCCAAAUUGAGCUUCACAUCUUGGAAGAGUGUGUAGAGGAGGUAGAGAUGGACCUACUGAAGAAGCGGGUCUUCUUUAUUUUUGGUCGUUUUUGAUAGAUGAACAACACUUCAACUGUUUCCAGACCCCCUCAUGUCAGGCCAGAUGUGAUAAUUUGCCUCAAGUCAUUACAAGAUACCCAUGUUUUCAGACUUAGUAAUGCAAAGAGAAGCUAUGGAGAAAAUAAAUCUAUUUUACUUAAAAUAUCGAGUAUAGUUCCAAUCUUUCCUUGCUUUUCAAUAAGAAAUCAAGAAACCUUUCUGAACAUAGUUUGGAAGCAUGUUAUCUUAUUCUCAUCAACAACUUCACUUUGUCAAGACGUCUAAAAUAUAGUCUUAGUUUUCUAUGAAAUCAAUAAAGUAAAGUGAACUGACUGUUUGUGUGUAGUUUAUAUCUGAAAGCUCUUAGUUUAGUUGAGAAUGACUGUUGAAGCCGACUCUUUUCUCUUUAUCAAAUUAGUGGGAAACAGUACGUUUUUGUUCAUUACUUUGUUUAGCAGCUUUGACAUGUUAGAGAACAUCUGUCACAAAAUUUAAAGUUGUAAUAUUGCAACAUACAAAUGCGAUCAAAAUAUUAGUUCUGUAAAUUGGAGAAACACU